CAGCGCAAGAAAAGAAAAGGCAGCAGGCAAAAGGACACAAAUUCAAUUAAAUGCAAACACACAAAUGCAGUUGGUUCCUGGAUAAUAUAAACUCAUAUAAAUAUUAAUAAAGGCAAAAACACAAAAAGAAUCACACAGCCACAAUAACAACAAAAAUGACAAGCAGACAAAGAUAAAAUAUUGCGAUUACACAUAAUUGCGAUUCGGUGAGCAGGCGCAUUCAAUCAAGCAACCAACCAACCCACUAACCAAGCAAUCGGGAAGAAAAAGGUGCACCUUUAAUAAAAAAUAACAAAAAAAAAAAAAAUUAAAUUAUAAUAAAAAAAGCAUAAAAAGAGAAAAUAUUUUGUAAAGAUUUUUUGCCAUUUUUUUUUAAUGUUUGCCCUCAAAACGACAAACAAAAAGUGUUCAUGUAGUUAAGUGUGCUGUAAAACCAAAUUUGAAAUCUGAAAUGCCAAAAAUAACAACAGCGCUAUUAAAAAAUUAAAUCUAAUAAAAUAAUUAUUAAACAUACUAAAUUCUUGCUCUGCAUGCAAUAAAUCGCAUUGAAAAUAAUUUUAAAUAUAUUUAAAAUAGAACAGCAAGCAGCAAUUCGGGCGGCAUAAGUUUCGACAAGCGCAUGGAUCGGCUUCGUAUGAUAGACAAUUGCAAUCGGUAUACGCCCCUGAACGGCGGGCGUUUGUGACAAGUUUCUGGUGAAGCGAACAGCAAUUAUUUUUUUAUUGUGAUUGUGAAACGAGAGUUGAAAAACAGUGAUUUUUUGUUUAUUUUUUUGAAACUCGUACAAGUAAUAAGUGAUUAUUAAAAAAGUGCUAGACCUAAGUGUGUGAAAAGGGGCGGCAAAAUAGUCGUAAGGAAGCUGGUCAGCAAGGGCAUUGUGCAGCGCGAAAUGAUGCCGCAAUAUCGACUUGACCUGCACACUGACGUCAGCCGAGCAACACCCAGUCACGCCUGCCCGCCACUGCCAUACAACACAACCUCUGCCUCAGCCACAGCCAAGGCCACAGCCACAACCUUAGCCACAGCAGCUGCAACAGUCACUGCAACAGUCCCAGCCUUAGCUUCUGCCACCAACUGCUGUGGAAGAUCAAGCUAAACCACAAGCAACAUAUUAGAAAGAAUUAAAGCCAAACAAUUAGAAGCCAAUUUCCUCAGAGCUUGAAAGCAAUUGCGACAAUCGUAUGUGAGUGAGAGAUUGCGGCUGUAUCAACUAAAAAGCCUAUCAGCCAGCAGCCGUUUGAAGCAAGUCACCUUUGGUCGGGAGAGCACCAAGGCCAACGAGAAGACGUCAGUGCAACCGCCGUCAUGUGGAUAACACUCGCUUCUUUGGUCGUCAUCAUAGCCCAGCUUUGUGCCUUGGUCCACUCCGCUGGUGAAGCUGAUUAUACACUCGAUGAUUCAUUUUGGAACGAAGAAAGUCCAGUUGGCGAGGUGGAACGUUUACUCAAAGAGUAUAGACAAAAUCAGGAACUUGUGCGUCGUAUUGGUGGACAUUAUUAUCAAAUAAUCUAUCCGGUGCAACUGCGUCAUCACGAAAAGAUGGGAAUCUCAACUCGCGAAGUUAGUCCCCCAAAGGUACGCAAAGAUUUGCAUAAGAGAAAUACUAGAAAAAUCGAAACAAACACAAUGCCGGGACAACGUCCACGCCCACAUGAUGACAGCGGAUUCAGCAGAGGCAGGACAAAGAAACAUUUUCAUCGCACCUCACUGCUUAUCAAGGCAUUCAAUCACAAAUUCCGUUUGGAUUUGGAAUUGAACUCUCAACUACUUUCACCCAACAUACAACAGAAACACUAUCACGUCGGUGGAUACCAAGUGGAUGGCAAUCGGCAUGACAUUGAGCACUGUUACUAUCAUGGCACAGUGAAGGAUUAUCCAGGCGCUAGUGCCGCCUUUCAUACCUGCAACGGCGUUAGCGGUGUCAUACAUAUUGGCAACGAGACCUUUGUCAUACAUCCCUUUUACGGCGGUGAUCUAUCGAAACAUCCGCAUGUGAUUUUCGAGGCGCGCACCAAGGCCAAUAAGGGUUGCGCCAACUCUGGCAAUUUGGACUCGUGGCGUCUAUCCCGUCGCACCAAGCACCUGUCGGCGGGCGUUGUCGAUGAGAUACACCCGAAUGGGGCAGGCCGCUAUAAGCGGGAUGUGCGCGAGGCAACCAAAUAUAUCGAGACGGCCAUCAUAGUCGAUAAGGCCAUGUUCGAGAAGCGGAACGGUAGCACACGCGCCGAAGUCAUCCACGAUGCCAUACAGGUGGCCAAUAUAGCUGAUUUGUAUUUCCGCACGCUGAAUACUCGUGUGUCUGUGGUGUACAUUGAGACGUGGGGCAAGAACCAGGCGGCCAUUGAUGGCAGCAAGGACAUUAGCAAGGCCAUAUCCAACUUUAAUGACUACACUUCAAGGAAUCUGUAUCAAAUCGAGAGGGAUACCACACAGCUGUUAUCCGGGGAAACGUUCGCCGGGGGCGAGGCUGGCAUGGCCGUGCCCGAGACUGUCUGCACGCCCCGUGCCGUUGGCAUCAGUGUCGAUGUCAAUGUGUAUGAGCCGCACCUUUUGGCGGGCACAAUGGCCCAUAUGAUUGGCCACAAUAUUGGCAUGGGCCACGACGAUGGGCGUGAGGAAUGCUUCUGCCGGGACUGGCAUGGUUGCAUCAUGGCGCAAUCAAUAGUCGGCCAGGAGAAUGUGCAGCCAUACAAAUUCUCAGAAUGCAGCAAAAAGGAUUACAUUGACGCAUUGCGAACGGGUCACGGGCUUUGUUUACUCAACAAGCCCAACGAGAUUGAGUUGCGGCGCAACUGUGGAAAUAAAAUCAUCGAGGAGGACGAGGAGUGCGACUGCGGCACGUUCGAGGAAUGUGCAUUGGAUCCCUGUUGCGAUAGCAUCACAUGUAAGCUGAAAUCCGAAGCACAGUGCGCCAGUGGUGCCUGCUGUGACCAAUGUCGGCUGCGACCCAAGGACUACAUAUGCCGCGACUCGCAUAACGAAUGCGAUUUGCCCGAGUAUUGUGACGGCGAGGUGGGCCAAUGUCCCGUUGAUAUCUACAAGAAGAAUGGCUCCCCCUGCGGCCUUAGCAAGUCAGGUGUUUCGGGCUAUUGCUUCCAGGGAUAUUGCCCCACCCUGAAUUUGCAAUGCGAGGCCAUUUGGGGCUACGGCGGCUUUGCGGCCGAUCGUCAGUGCUAUGAACAGUUUAACUCGAAGGGUUCCAUUAACGGCCACUGCGGUCGCGAUGCCAACGAUCAUUACAUUAAAUGCGAGCCAGAGAACGUACAGUGCGGCACGCUGCAGUGCAAGGAGGGCGAGCGACAGCCAGUGAAUGAUGGAAUCGACCAGCUGUACUCGCGCACAAUUAUCUCCAUCAAGGCGCAGGAAUACGAAUGCAAGGCAACCAGCGGUCAAGUGGGCUCCAACAGCUAUCCAAAUCACGGUUUGGUCAAGGAUGGCACACCAUGCGGCGAUAAUUUGAUUUGUCUUAACCAAACGUGUGUUAGUCUCUUUCCGCAUGUGGAUCAAACCAAGUGCCCAACAAAUAAGCAGGGUCAAGAGUGCUCUGAGCGUGGUUUCUGCACCAACGCAAAUCGUUGCUUCUGCGAUAUGGGCUGGGGCGGCACAGACUGCAGUACGGUCGUCCUUUUGACAACACCACUGCCAACCGAAGCAUUGCCAACGCCGGAGAAUACAAUCAAAAUGGAGAAGAAAGAAACUCCAUAUGAGAACUACCACGGCUCAAAUACAGUGUUCCUAGUCGGUGUUCUAAUGUCAGUUGUAGGGUUCGUUUUUAUAACAUUCACCUUGAUGGCAUUGUGCUACAGGUCAGUUGUAGUACAUAGAAACUUCUCCCUGUGUCUGAGACGCAAGACAACCACCCUUAAGUACGAUCCGCCCUUCUCAAAAAAACCCAUCCCCAAGGGCUACGGCGGUGCGGCAACGGCGCCCAACAACCAUCAUUCCGUCGAAGAGGUGUCCUUAGAUGGCUCCAGUAAAUUGGUGUAUGCCAAUCAAGCCGGAUUCAGGGAUAAGAAUUUACAUGGACGUCGCUAUACGACGGGUGGUGAGGAUGAUCAAUCACAUGCAGAAAAGGGCAUACUGAAGAAGCAUGGUUACGGACUUGUGCAUGGCGAGCAGCUGAAAGACAAGUGGUGCGAUGACAGCCAGUCGGAUAAUCUGGAGCUGAUUACACAGGAUGGUACACAGACCUCGACAAUUGGCGGCGCGGCUGCCUCAGAAGUGGAGCGCACGCUCAAAUCGCUGAACGGUUACCAUGAGGACAUUUUAGAGGCGUUGCGUAAUGCGGCCUCGCAUCGCGGCACCGGCACUGGCAACACGCCCGUCGGCAGUGGCAGCCUCAGUGAGGAAAUGUUGCGCAAAACACUGCAGGACUGCAACAAUGCCCAGCUGGGCUAUGCCGCUGAGCCUUACAAGCGGGCCAGCGGCUCCAAGUCGAGCUCGCGUGAGAAUAUCUGCGAUAGUGCCGCCGCACAUGCCAUUUUGUUGGACGGUAGUGGUUCCGCGAUGGGCGGCUUGACACUUGGUGCUGACAUGAGCGGCGGACGGGGUGUUGGUAGUGGCAUUGGCGUUAGUGGUGCUAGUGGCUUAGCGAACGCAAUUGGGCAUGGCGGGGCAAUGAUGCAUCACCAUCGAUCGCAACAUCAGUUACAUCAGCCUCCUGGGCUGGCACUGCAACAGCAGCCAACUGACGAGGAUGAUGCCCCAUCGACUGGACCGCUGCGUAUACGCAAUCUGGAGGAUCUGAUAAGGCAGCUGGAGCAUCAUUCGUCACGUCACAUGAGUCCCAGUGGCUCCGAGGAUAUACGCAUGUCGGAAACUGAGGCCGAUCGUCACUAUAGAUUAGAUAGUUCCGCCGCUUGUAGUGAGUCCUCGCAAGGCUCGAACCAGCAAGCAGCUCAAUCUCAGAAAACAGCUACAAUUCACCCGUCUUACAGCAGCCGUUGCCGGCCCCGCUCUGACGAGGAUACGCGCUUUGCCUACGGCGGACGUUACCGCCAGCCGGCGCCCACUGGCCGCCAUCCAACGCAUCAGUCGCAUUCUCCGCAUGCAUUCGGACACCAUACACACCAUUCGCACGCCCACGGACAUGCCACACAUGGUCCACACUCAUCGCACCACUCGUCGCACACGCACCUGCACCAGGACGAUGAGGGCAUCUACGAGAGCGCCGAUCAUCAUGAGCGCGGAGUUCUUGACACGCGACUCGAUCAACAGGAGACGCCCGAGAGUGAAAGUGAUGACUUUAUUCAAGCUCAACAACAGUUAGCCCGGUGGGCGAGUGAGGAUGUGGUAUCCGUCGUGGUAUUGGACCAGCCGCAAUCCGGCACAAUGUCGGAUUCCCAACCAUCCAGCGGCGUCGCGCCCAUGUCGGUAGCUACAACGAACAACGUUAUCCACCAUCAGCAUCCGCACCAGCACCACGGCGAUCAUCAAUCCUCCGCAGCGGCAGCAGCUGCGGCGGCGGCGGCGGCGGCAGCCAACAACAACUCUAUAAUGGGUAUGGCAGUCGUCCCAAAUGGUAUAAAUGUAAGUCAGAGGGACUAUUACCCCUCGCCACCCUCAACGGAGACGGAAAGCAGUGGAAGUGUUAUCCAGCCACUUACGCGCCGCACGUUGCAAUCACAAUCGGCAGACACGGCGGCCAUAAGCCAACAGCAAUUACAGCUCCAUCAGCUGCAAUUGCAUCAGCAUCAGCAAUAUCAGCAUCAUCAUCAGCAGCAGCAGCAGCAGCAUCAGCAGCAUCAGCAUCAGCUUCAACAGCAAUCGGUCGAUACCAGCAGCAGCAACAACAGUCAAUCCGGUCAAAUAACCGAGAAUGGCUGCUACCCGGAAUAUAAGCAUUGACAGUUCAAACAUCUUUAGCUUCAGCUGCAUCUACAGCAUCACCAAAGUAAACUCGCAAAGCUCGUCCGUUUUCUGGCCAAACCCAAAGACUGGCAAAGACAGGCAAGCGUUCAAAUCAUACGAUUCAGUCAGACUUUUGGUACUCGCAGUACUCUAGCAUAUGCAUACAUAGUUUAAAAAUAAUAAAUGAAUUAAAAACAAAUGAAGUGAAAACAUAACAAAUAGCAUACAUUAUCGUAUAUAAUUACGUACAUACACAUCUAGUUAUAGUAUGGGAUAAAUGUAAAGUUAAAAAAAAGUUAACGCCACGCGAGCUAAACAAAACAACCAAUUAAUUGAUUAUAUGUAGGUCAUUGCACUCCCACACACACACAGUCAUACAUGUACAUACAUACUUCAUGCAUGCAUACAUACAUAUAUACAUACAUACAUGCAGACAGACAGACAUAUACGCGAAUAUGCACUUACAUGUGAAUUAGAUUUAACAAUUUUUAUACUUAAUUACAUACUAGUAUGUACAUACAUAAGUACCUCAGACGUGCCGGCGACGCCUGAUAAAUUCAACAUAUUUCUAAUGAAUGUAAUAAUUGUAAAUACCUACACACGCAUACAUAUGCAUAGAAACAUACAUAUGUUUGUUAUAUAUAUGUAUGAAAACCAGAGCUGGGAAAUAAUAUAAAGUAAAUGUCUUUUGAAAGCACUUACAUACCCAAAACAAAAAGCAAACAGGAAAAAAAAAGAUUGAAUUCAAUAAUAGACCCAUUUAUAACUAUCGAUAGCUUUCUAGCUGCGAUAUGUGCAGAAGUCAAGAGGUGUACGAGUAUUAUGAAAUUUUGAGAACAAUUUCUGUGCAAUGUGUGCGAAAAGAGAGAAUUUAUUUCCAGAUUGGGAAAUAAUAUUUUUUUUUUUUUGUGCCGUCGUAUUUACAUACGUAUAAGUCUCUGAUCUGCCGCUAGAGACACUGAUGCUGAUGCAGAUAUAUGUGCGCAUAUACCAUACAUCCAGAUUAAGAAAUACUGUUUGUGCCAUGUGCUGCAAAAGUUAACCUUGAUAUGGGCAAAUUUUAUAACGACUGAUAGAUUUUGAGGCCGAGUGCCAUCAAUUCACAUUGAAUAACUUAAUGGAUAACCAUUAUAAUAGGAGUAAUGCGUUUUAUUAUGAUAAGGCAAACAGUUAAUAAAAUAUGAUAAAGCAUAAGUAACAAUCUGUAACAAUAACAAUUAUAGACAUAUUACGCGCGAAUUAAUCGUAACGGUUCAUGCUAGAUAAUCGCAGGUAUUCAUAACAUGAUUGUGUGAAAAAGAAGAAAAUUAAGAAGAUGAAAAAAACACUGAUUGAAAAGCGUUUAAAGGUUAUGUUGUGGUUGACCAAACUUUCGAAAUCAAUUUCUCUACCCUUUCAAGUACUCUGAGCUGAAAAAGCAGAACCUUUUAUAUAUAUACACUAAUUUGAUGAUAUGAUAUACUUAAAACGCCUGUCAGCCAUACGUUAGAAUGAAAUGCAACUAAGCUUUCGAACAGAUUUCACGUAUGUGCUGCAAGCAUGCGGUGCUACUCAGCUUUUUUUUUUGUCAUAUGUGGAAUGUUUAUCAAAAUUUCAUAAUUUCUAAAAUCAUCUGCACUGACUAACACUUGGUAUGUACACUAGCUAGCCUUUUGAUGACUAGUAGUAUAAUUAGUUAAAGAAAGAAUUAAAAAUUAACACAUUAAUUCACACAUACAUAAGCAUUAAAAUAAGUACAUUCAUUCAAACAUAUGUUUAAGUAUAUGCAAACUCGUAGAUAAUCCAGGACAAGUGCUUGUUCAAAGAUUGGUCACAGAUGGAACAAAGUUUCAUUAGUUAGUACAUUAAUUGGAUGGAUGUUGUCAGAGCUCGAGAAUAUAAGCCAUAAAAACAAAGUAUGUUAGCAUAUGUAAAUACAUACAUAGCUAGUUGUAGAUCAAAUUGAGCAUAUUCAAGAAUCCAAAAAAAAAAAAUAUAACUGAAAUGCAUAUACUUUAACAGGCGUAUUGAGCAAAUAAUAAAUAAGUAUGUCUAUGCAUAUAAGUGUGCACAAUUUCGAAUAUAUUGCAUAUGUAUUAUGUACACAUACAUAUGUAUGUUUUAUAUAUUUGUAUGAGCCAACCAAAAAUAUGCACUUGGCAUGUUUUGAGUCAAAAAGUCCCUUCCACACCCGCAUAAUUGUUUCUAAGUGUCAAUUAUAAGUAGAUUAAAGUUGCAACAAAUAAGCCGCCAGUAUUUGGGACUUAUUCACCCAACCGAAUCCAAUAAAAAUGUUCUAAUCAAAAAUAUAUUGGUUCGGAUUCGGAUUUAGGAUAAUAACAACUAUUUGUAAUUCAUGACCCACGUUGGGCGCUAUACAUACAUUUCCAUCGUUCAUUAUCCCAAUUACAACGCCAAAUGGCCAAGUCGCGUUCUUUUUAAAUUAAGACAAACGUGUUCAUCUUUACAAAUUUUCGGACGUACUAUAAACCUUCAUUCAGAUGAAUGAUUUUUGGCAGGGAUGUGGUGACUGAGCCUGGCGCCUUUAUUUACCAGUUAUUAUAUGGAUUUUUAAAUUGGGUGCCAUUGAUAUUAGCAACUUUCUCAAAGGUGAUAAGGAAAGUGCCUUCGAUGGUCUUCUCAUAGCCAUCGUCCACUCUGACUUUGGCUGAGCUUUCUUGGAUGAUGAUGAUGAUCCGCAUCAACUCUUUCCUCUACUGAUGCCAGCUAAACUGCCCACGUGUAACAAAUGGGCAACAUCCUUAUAAUAGGUGGAUGUAGAAUGGCUUCAGACAAUUUUCGUAGCAUUUUUGAAUAUUCUUCCUGACUCGAAGAGCUCGAAAUUGUGUUCUCCAUAUAGAGUUGCCCAUACAAAUCCAAAAUAUUUGUUUGUUUGUUCGUAAUGUGCAAGACUUUGUUCUCGUUAGUAAAUAAAAUUGAAUGUAUGCCAGGAUAACCCAAUAAUAUAUGUGCAUAUGUUAUAUAUGUAUCUGCAUGUAUGUACAGAUAUGUAUGUACUGUUUACUGUCUUGUAUGCACGGCAAUUGUGGGGAGGGUUUGGCAUAGCCAAGACAUUGAGAAAAUUUACUGAAAUACACAGAAAAAUUACGGUGAACUCAUAAAAAUCAUAUAAUAUGUAGGCAACAAUUUUGAUGGGGGAAUUCACAAAUCCAAACUCAUCUACAUAGCAUAUGCAUGUCAGCAUGUGCAUAUUAAACAGUGUGAAAAGUAAGAAGACAAUUUACAAGCAUUCAUAACUAUACUAAGUACUCUUAACUAUACGAAGACAUACACACUAGACACACACACACGCACACAAUACACAUGCUCGUAUACUAAACAUAAUUAUAUGCAGCUAAUUACACUUGCAUAUUUGGAUACAUAUUUAAGUGUGUACAAUGUAAAUGAAAUAAAACAAUACCUUCGGGAAUCUAGUAAUUUAUCAAAAUACAAACUUAAAAGAAAAAGAAAAACCAAAAAAUAAGAAAUUUGUAAUUACCUUGUAAGUGAUUAUCUUUAAGACAGCAUGUGACUCAAAUUGAUUCGAGGUGUGUAUAAUUGCAUGCGUGCAUAAGUGUAUUUGCUCAAGUGGCACAUGCAUGCGUAUGGAUGUGUCGCUAUAUGCAUACUAAAAUAUAGUAUUACUGAAUAAGUAAUUGAUUAAGUACGUAAAUUUCUUAAUGAUAUUGAUUGGGUUUUAUUGUGACAAGCGCAGUCGUAGUCAACUGCUAAAUAUGAUAUUAUCUAAGAAUGAUUGAUUAAAAGUAUUGUUAUUGACACACACAACACACACACAUUUACACACUUACUCAUGCACACAGACACUCUUAAAAUGCAUACACAAGCAGAUAAUUAAUGAACAUAGUAUGUAUGUUUGUGUGUGUCCCCUGAAUGCAUAAGUAAAUAGGCUAAAUAUUUAAAUAAAUGAAUUAGACAGUUACAAAUAAGAAACGGUACACAGGCGAUCUGAAUAAAUACAAAAUAAAUGCAAAAUAAUAAUGAUAAUUGAAAAUCAACAAGAAAACAACAAUUAGUUGUUAUAUAGAGAUCAAACUUAAAUACGCAGUUUGCCAAAGUGUUAACGAACAACAGCAAUAACAUUGAAAGAAUGAAUAACAAUAAUAUUUUGAAUUAAAUACAAGAAUUCAACAUGAAUUUAUAUGUCAAUGGAUCCUCAACACUCACACAAACAUGCAGACUCACACAGACAGACACACAGAGGCACAAACACAGACGCGCAACAUAUAGAUGAGAAUACACAAAAA